AUGGCCACCCUUGGUAGGUGCGAUUUGUGUAUCGUCCAGUAUACAUCCAAAGAACAUAAAGAAAGUCAUUUAUUGGGAAAGAAGCAUAAAAAAAAACUUUCUGAUAGAGAACGUUUUUGCACAUCUCUACCUAUUCAGGAGGUAGAACCGGCAAGUUAUGUACAGCAGGUAUACCCAUCCUUACCUAAUGUGCUAGUGAGUAACGUAUCCCCAUGUAAUACCGAAGCCGUUACAGAACCGGCAAGAUCACAAACGGUAUCUGUUAACGUGCAGACGACACAGACGUGCGAAGAAGAUGAGAACACUAGACAGGCGGAAGUCAUUCCGAACAUUGUUUCAGUACAGCCCACGUCUUUAGAUCAUAACGAAUUUAUACGCGUUUAUGAAGAUGAAAACGGCGAGAUAAUAGGAUAUAAGUGUAUUCUUUGUUCUAAAAAACUUCAAUGUCCGAGUGCUGUAACUUCUCAUUUGCAAAGUAGCGCACACUCCAAAAAUGUCUCCGAACAACCAUCAAAACUUUAUAAUUUGCCCCCCAUCGUACGCCACUGUGAAGACCCUAUCGAUGAGGCUUAUUGCUUGACAGAUUCAAUUCCAAGAGGUUACCAAGCCGAAUUGUUCGAAAAAUCUCAUUGUUACGAUAGCGUUAUAUUUUUACCCACAGGAACUGGUAAAACUCUAAUAAGUAUUAUGGUAAUUUCUCAUAUGUUAAAACGAAAUCCUAGACGUCCUGUGUUGUUCAUUGUUGACAAAGUACUGUUGGCUUUGCAGCAAUUCCAUUAUAUUCAAAAUGAGUUGAAAGAUCAGAAAUUUUCCAGAUUUGAUACAACAAAUAUUGAAAAUAUUAUUGAACGGAACCUAAAGAUAAUUUGUGUCUAUGGCGGUCAUCCAGGGUCUGCUAAGGAUCCUUUAUCAUUGUAUGAUGUUAUUAUCAGUACAGCAGUAUACUGUGAUCGUCGAAUGAAAGAAAAAGUCUUAAGAUGGAAGGAUUUCAGUCUUGUGGUUAUUGAUGAAGUCCACCAUUCAGACAAAGAACAUCCAUUCAGAAAACUUUUGGGAGAAGAGCACCAUACUUUAGAAAAGAAAGAUUGUCCCCAAUUAUUAGGACUAACUGCCUCACCUGCUGGGAAGGAAACCAUUUCAAAAACUAUUACUAUGCUUCAAACGUUGGUAACUAAUUUAAACAAUUCGAAAAUUAACAUUGUGAAAGAGGAAACAAAAGAGCUAAUGAAGUAUAAAUCUACUGCUCAUUUAGAAAUUCAAACUAUUCCUUUCCAAGAUGCUGAGUUACCAUAUAUAGCUGAGUUUAAAAAAUAUCUUUUGGAAUGUUUGAAAGUUCUUGUGGACUGUUCUGAUCUUUCAAGAAACAUAAUACCAUCGAAUGAGGAUUUAAUUGACAAAAGCUUUCUGAAUGAAAUUGAGGAAAGAUUAAGGUCUGUAACCAUCACUGGAGAAAUGGAAAAAGGGACAAUCGUAAUUAAUCACACUAAAAAAAUUGUUUCCCUUAUUAUAGAUGCUCUCGAUGGAGGAAUUUCUUGUAUAGUUGAAGAACUAAAAUUUCUUUCUGAUCCUUCAAAUAAGGAAUAUUCGUUUACACUUGCUUCUGGAAAUGGUCUUUGUUGUGAUAACAUCAGAUCAAUAGUUAACACAAUUGUAGGGAACAAUAUCCCUGUUUCAGCACAGUUUAAAUAUCUGGUAAAAACUAUUGGUGAAUACAUGACUGAUAAUCGUGAUAUUCCAUCUGGACUCAUAUUAGUAAUGGUGAAGAGAAGGAGAACUGCUGUUGAACUUGGCAAGAUGAUGAAGACUUCACCAUUGGUUAAUGAGAAGCAUCUCUCUGUUGUUAGUAUCACUGGUCAUGGUGGUGGUGGUGGUGAUGGAAUGAGAGUAAGUACACAAAGGAAGGUAUUUCAGGAAAUAAAAGAGGGUAAACAUCAAAUUAUUAUUACAACUUCUGUAGCUGAAGAAGGUGUUGAUUUACCAAAGUGUUCUUUAGUGAUUACACUGAAUCCACCAACUUCAGUUGUAACUCUGGUGCAAAUGAGAGGCCGAGCACGGAAAAACAAUAGCACAUUUUUGGUUGUCUGUGAAAAUGCAAAGAAUGAAGAAAACAUUAGGAAUCUGUUAGGAGCUGAAAAAAUAAUGGAAGAAGCUACAGAAUAUAUGUGUAAUAAGGAAAGGUCACUAGAUAUUUUAAUGUGAUUUGAUUGAAGAAAAUUGUUCUAUUCUUAUUAAAUCUAUUUUCCUUCAUUCUUACUUAUUUUAUAUAUUUUUCAAAUAUUGUAUUUUCAACAUUUCGCACAUAUGUACACACAUUCAUCAAAAUUUAAAAGGGCAUGGUUUCUGUUUUACAGGCUAAAUAUAAAAUUUUCAGACAGUUUUUAAAGAUAAAACAUGGGAUAACUUUGGGGAUCAAGUGAUCUAAUUUUGUGAGAAAUGAAGUUGUUCAAGGUAUAAUGAAAAUUGGUCAAACAAAAUGUUGGGUCAAGCUCAAACGAGCCUUGACUAUAGUUCUGUAACCUCACUGUGCAUUAGGAAAUUUGAUAUUUUUCCAUUUUUUGAUUUCCAUUAACUUCCUUAAACUUGGUUAAAAUUGCAUAUACUUUGUUAAAAUAUUCAUUUAUUUUCAUAUAAGUUUUAUAGCAUAAUAAUUAAUAAUUAUAAUGAUAAUAAAAUCUUUUUAACCUUA